AUAUCUAUAUCCAUAUAUAUAGAUAUAUGUAUCUGACAAUCGACAUCUUGGGUAGUCUUUUCCAAAUCGAUCAAAAAAAUGUCGUACUAUCCAAAAGGCCACCACCGCGGCGACGACGACGAGGUCGACGACUUCGAUGAGUACGAUCCGACCCCGUACGGCGGCGGAUACGACAUCGCUUUGACGUACGGCCGUCCGCUGCCGCCGUCGGAGGAGAUCUGCUACUCCCACCAAUCUGGCUCUCUAGAUUACGACUACGACCGCCCUCAGUACACCUCCUACGCUGAGCCCUCCGCCUACGCCGACGACGCUCUCGACAACGAGUACAAGAGCUACGCCCGACCCAAGUCCCGACCCGGGGGAAGGCCCGAUCACGGAUCCGAAUACGGAUCCGGGCGGAGGAAUGAGGGCGAUGAGUAUGGGUCGGGUGGGUAUGGCCGGAGGCCUGAGAGGAAUGAGUAUGGAGAUGAGAGGCCAAGCUAUGGCAGAUCUGAGGAGGAGGAUUACAGAAAGCCCAGUUAUGGGCGAUCUGAGGAUGAUGACUAUAGAAAGCCUAGCUAUGGAAGAUCUGAGGAGGAGGGUUACAGGAAGCCUAGCUAUGGACGAUCUGAGGAGGAGGAUUACAGGAAGCCUAGCUAUGGCAGAUCUGAGGAUGAUGAAUAUAGGAAGCCUAGCUAUGGACGAUCAGAGGAGGAGGAUUACAGGAAGCCCAGCUAUGGGAGAUCUGAAGAGGAGGAUUAUAGGAAGCCCAGCUAUGGGAGAUCUGAGGAGGAGGAUUACAGGAGGGGUGGGUAUGGGAGAUCUGAGGAGGAUGAUUACAGGAAGCCUAGCUAUGAGAGGCGUGAUGAGGAUGAUGAAGAAGGCUAUGGGCGCAAGAAAUAUGGAGGGGACUCUGAAGAUGAUGAUGAGGAGAGGAGGCAGAACCGUUACAAGCAUCAUCAUCACAGGCAGGAAUAUGAUGAUUGAAGAAGACAAUACACCACACUGCGACACCACAGUCUUGAUUGUUGCGGUGUUUUGUGGUAAGAACAGGGAUAUUGUUGUUGGUGUGAUUUUCAGGGACCAAAUGAGACAUAAUAAUAAUAAUAAUAAUACUAAUACUGUGUUUGUUUUUGUUGUGUGGUUUGAGCAUUGUGGGGUUGUGUUGUGUUGAGUUGCCCACAUGCAAAGAAUAAAGGGAAGAAGAAGAAGAAG